CAGCCGCGGCCCAGGCUACGCCGCCGCGAUCAAAGCUGUCGGACCUCCUUCAUCUCUGGGUCAACAACUUCCGUCUGCUCUACUCCUGGAGCGCCUUAGACAACACCCCACAACUAUCUAACACAAUGGGUAAUCUGCACAGUGACAGUAAGAAAAAACAGAAGAAGAAAGACAGUGCGGCAGUGACCGCAUCUUCGGAAGAUCUUGACACUUUGGUCGAGGAUCAAAAGAAAGAUAAGUGGGACCAACUCCCCAAAGUUCCCGAUAGCAAUGAAUCUGAAAUGACCAGGAUCAACUUUGGGAAGAUGCAGCUACCGGGACAUGCCAAAAGACAAGCGCCGCAGCCACCACAGACACCUGGGCAUGCCAAAGGACAGGCGCCACAACCGCCUAGGGUGGUGUUAACUGAGGACACGCAGAAAAGUAUAGAAUCUGAAUGUCACAAGGACACUGCAACGACGGCGAAGCCAUGUGUGACAGAAUCUACCCGUCCAAGUAUCACGACGCCAACAACACCGGCGCAGACCCCGACAACGCCAAUGAUCCAGCUACCGCCAUUGCUGGUGACCGAUUCUUGGCGGUUGGCAAACAAGGGCCUGGUCGUUGCGGAAAUGCCGACACCACCCAGCCAGGAAUCUUCGAGUGACAGUGUCUUUACUGAUCCCGGAGAGCUCACUAGUCCGGUCGCGACAAUCAAAGUGGAAGUAACGAAACCAACUUCGGAAAGCAAAGAAAAGAAGUCUUCAUUUACGAUCUCGAGGCACAAAAAGAUUCACCUCUCGGACAUGAGUCCUCGUAUAAAUAUACCAUUGGACGACAAGUUAACAACCAUCACCUCUCUACAGAGACGGCACAGUGUUUACGAAAGUUCUGUAAGCGAAGGCACAGUGUUAAGAAGAGUGGCUAGUUUGACACUAGAUAGAAACAGUGCCAAGAAAAGAUAUUCUAAAAGUGUUGUUCCUCAAAAAACGGAUUGUCACAAGCAAUUCAAAGAAGAAAACCUGCCAAUCUCUCAAAUCUCAUUAGUAUCGAACGCGAAGAAAAUCACAUCCGUGGUAGAUAGAACAAACGUCUGCGCGCCGGCAGAUGAUUUUCUUUCAGUUCGAACCACGUCCAGUCAAACCAGUCCUGAAUAUUCCAUGCCCGAAGAUAUACAUCAAUAUAAGGAAGAAAUAAAACAAUUGAGAGAUGAGAUCAAACGACUGUGUGAAGUAUCUAAAAAUCAGUCAUCAUCAAGCACAAAGAGUCAAUCUACUCAAACUUCACCGAGAAUUUCACUAUCCGCGGAUAAGGAUACUAGCGAAACUGAUCAUGUUAAUGAUAGUAUUCCUAAGAGAUCAUUAUCGACUAGAAGCGAUAUCACAGAUCUUGAAGAAGCCAAGAUGACCGUGAUUCCUUCCCCGAAUAAAACAUCGAUUGACACGAUGUCGAAUCGAUGCUCGUCACAUAAUAAUCAGACAGAUGAAGAGUUAAAGCCGUAUCCAGCGCCAUUACCACCUCCAUUGCCGCCAGAAUCUUUCUCAAGAUCUACAUCUGUCUCAAUGUCGAUGACGUCACUACAGUCUUUUAUUCCGCCACCUCCACCACCACCUUCUCCGCUUGUACUUGUAACUCAAUCGGUGAAAACCGAAAAGAUAAGUUCGUCGACAGAAUUAACGGACAUUCCUCGAAUACCACCACCGCCACCUCCGCCUAUGCCAUCGCAAAACAUAUUUUCUUCGACGUCACAAUCUUUUAUUCCACCCCCACCUCCGCCCCCACCUACGCCGAUGUCUAUUGCAAGUACAAUAUCUGCUCCUCCUCCUCCUCCUCCUCCUCCGCCAAUGCAAAGUAUCAUAAGUGCUAUACCUCCGCCAUCCCCUUUACAAAAUAUAAUACCUCCGCCACCACCUCCGCCCUUACCUCCGUCCAUGACAACACACAGUUGUAAAAGUAGCAUACCUUCUCCUCCGCCACCUCCUGUACCCUUUAUGUCUCAAAGUACUACAGAUAAAACAUUCGAUAAAACUACCAUGAGCGGAAUACCUCCACCGCCACCACCACCACCACCACCACCUGGGGCUUUACAAAGUGCCAUGAGCGGUCCGCCAAUUCCGCCACCUCCACCAAGUAUGCAAGGUAUACCUCCUCCACCUCCGCCUCCUAUUGGAGGAUCAGGUGCAGGUCCGCCACCACCGCCAGCACUCCCUGGUGCAACAGGACCUUGUCCUUUACCUGCUCCACCAGUCGGAGGGUGGAAUCCGCCAAGCAGAGCCAUUAUGAGAAAGCAACCUAUGAAUCCUGACGUGCCUAUGAAACCGCUUUAUUGGACGAGGAUUGUAGUGCCAGUUACUGCGACUAAUCAAACUUGCGUAGACGCUUCAGAAUCGUCACCCCAGGUGCCUCUAUGGUUAGAGCUUACAGAGGAAGAGAAUCUAAAUAUGAAAGAGUUUGCUGAUUUAUUUUCGCGUCAAGUGAGAGAAAAAAAUCCGGUCAAGAAAAGCGAGGAAACGUCUAAAAGUUCUAAGAUUCAACCAGCAAAAAUACUUGACUCAAAGCGAUCAAAGAUGGUGGGAAUUCUUGAAAAAAGUUUGCAUAUUGACUUUAGCGAGAUUGAAAAUGCGGCUUAUAAUUUAGACACAAGUGUAAUCAGUCUAGAAGCAUUGCAACAAAUCUACGAAAUUAAACCCACAAAAGACGAGAUAGAACAAAUUACGGCUCACGAAUCGAUGAAUCCAGACAUUCCUCUCGAUCAACCGGAAUUAUUUCUCAAAAGAUUGUCUGGAAUAAAGCAUUUUUCCGAAAGAAUAGCUUGUUUGAUGUUGCAAUCGGAAUUUCAAGAAGCAAUCUCAUCGGUUUCGUAUAAAUUAAACAACGUACGUUCUACGUGCGACUUCCUUCUCACAUCUGAGUCUUUGAAGAAAGUAAUGGCAAUUAUAUUAACCUUGGGCAAUUAUAUGAACGGUGGAAAUAUGAUGCGUGGCCAAGCCGAUGGUUUUGGCCUGGAAAUUCUCGGCAAACUGAAAGAUGUCAAGUCCAACGUACCUGGUGUCACUUUAUUACAUUAUGUCGUUAACGCGAAAUUAUCUCAAGAAAAAGAGCAUAAUUUUGAUGAACCGUUACCCUUACCAGUGCCUGAACCAGCUGAUGUAGAAGCCGCAUCAACGAUUAAGUUUGACGAAAUAGCCAAAGAACUUGAGAGAUUAGAAAAAGAACUAGAAACAUGCAGAAAAACGUGUAAUACAGUCGCGGAUGCGGAUCCAGCUACAUCUCAGGUAUUCAAGAAGAAAGUGGAUUUAUUUGUAGCAAAAGCAGGUACUGAUUUAGCGAGCAAAAAGGAAGAAUUACAGGAGGCCAAGAACAAAUUUAAGUCUGUAAUGCGAUUUUAUCAGUUCAUUCCAAAAGGCACUACAUUAGAAACCGCGGAACCACAUGACUUCUUCCAUCUGUGGCUUGGUUUUUGCCGAGAUUUUAAGGAUAUCUGGAAAAAGGAACAGCAAAGGAUACAAAAAGAACGAAUGGAGGAAAUUCGUAAGAAGCUCGAAAACAAACCCGAAGUUGUAAGAGUGAAAUUAAAUCCACAUGGAUUAAAGGCGCGUUUACAAAAAUUAACAAUUAAAAAACAGACUCAGAGAUAGUCUUUUAGGAAAAUAUGCACAAAUUAAUUAUAUUCGCAAACUUGAGCUACACUUUAUAUACAAGCUCUUGUUGCAUUACGAAUUUUACAGUUUCUUCGCUAAUUAUCUCGAUAUUUAUUUAAUAUCGCGAUGUUCUUCUUCAAAAAAAAAGUUUAAUUGUACAAAUUAAUUUCUCUAAUUUAUACUCGUUAACAGUAUUGUCAAGUAGAAUCAAAAAUUAAUUCAUAAAAUACGUAUUUCUUAUAUAUAAUUCUUAUAAUUGUCGAAACUGAUAAUUGCAUUUUCAAAGCAAGAUGAACUUUGCGCGCAAACUACGAUUAUUCAUUAAGUUUAGCUGCAUCUGAGUUUAAGAAAUUAAUUUAUAACAUAAACACAUUUAUAUCUACAUAUUUAUCUUUACUCAGUAAAACAAUUAUUAUAUAUACACGCGUCUGAAAUUACGUAACAACGCUUUCAGAGGCAUAUCUUGAAUUGCUCAAAAAUAAUAAUGGUUUUAUCGUGUUUGAAUUUUAUCGUUAUACUCUAUCAUUAUUGUAACAAAGAUAUUAGAAACAUUCAAAAUUUAGACAACGAAAUGCAAUCAAUUUCGAUAUUGAUAUGAUCGAGGGAAUAUUGCCAAAUGUUCUUACACAGUCGAUAAGAUUCAAAAUCUAAGAUACGUAAAUUGUAGCUGAGUUGCAGACUGAAAUGUUAACGGUAUCCUAAAAUCUGAACUAAACUGUUCACAUACACUUAAAUAAGUUCUUAUACUUUACUAAUCAUUAAUAUUUCAAGUAUAAAGCAUUGAUAGGAAGAGUUUGAUAACAACUUUACGUGUAUCGGUCUGUGAACAAUUUAGUAAGUGCACCUUAUGGAAGAAAUGGAAGAGUUAUUCAGUAGAAAAAACCUAUAGAUAUUCAAAUGCUAUAGAUUGUUUUUACUUUCUUUUCUUAUUUGUAUUUACUACAAAAGAAAUUUACGCAAACUCUGAAGAAGAUUGAUGAAAAAUAGCCUAAAAGUGCAAUAAAAAAAGAUAUAUAUACAGAUGUAGAUAUGUAAAUGAUUACGACAACUAGAAGAGAAGUUUUUUCUCUUUUAUACUACAUACUUAUUUUCAGUUUUCGUUAUUGUAGACUGAAAAUUUUAAGAAAAAAAUAAUAGAUCACAAUAAUUGUCAGCUUGUGAUCAGCGAUAAAAAAACGUUAUCUAAUCUAUUUAU